GGGAUUUAUUUUGCUGAUUGUGAUAUUUGCUUGCAGAAACAGUAUUGGAAGUCUUUAAGUGGUUGAGAAAGCUUUGAGUGGCUUUGAUGACAGCCAAAAGACUAGUCAAAUAGAGUUAUACUUUAAAAUUUCAAUUCUUGUUAUUUAUUGCAGAAAAUUUGUUGAACAUUCUUAUAGUGGGAGCUUGGUCCCAUUUAUAAAAUUUAAGACACAAAACCAUGUAUGUACAACUGGAGAGCAAAAAAGAUCCUAUCUUCUCUUCAAAGCAAAGAGUUUUUCUUUUUCAACACUAUACCAGCAAUGGUUAUCUAUAUAUAUGGGGAUAAAGUUGGAAUUAAGUUACAAAUAGAACUAUUGGACUGUCCUUUCUUGGAAUUUUGGCCUUAGAUUUAGAUCUACUCCAUGUUAUGCCUUUUGUUAUGUGGUAGUUGAACAUUUUUCUAUUCAUUCUAGAAUCAAUGUCCUAUUCCGUGGCUGAAAGUUCUACUCAGCAGUAGUAUAGCAUCUGAUCGCUUGCCUCUACUUCAUAUCAUGGUGGAGGAGAUUGGUAACUUGUCGGUUGAAGAAUGGCUCUCGCGUGCACAGGAGCUUGUGCCUGUGGCACUUGAGAAGGCAAGAGAGGUUAAAGGAUUCCCUGGUAGAUGGAAGAUGAUUAUUUCAAAAUUGGAACAGAUCCCAAACCGGCUAUCUGAUUUGUCUAGCCACCCUUUCUUCUCAAAGAAUGCUCUUUGUAAGGAGCAAUUGCAGACAGUGUCGAAGACGUUAAAUGAAGCUGUUGAAUUAGCAGAGAAGUGUGUGAAAGAGAAGUACGAGGGAAAACUUCGGAUGCAAAGUGAUUUAGAUGCAUUGACAGGGAGAUUGGAUUUGAAUUUACGUGAUUGUGGGCUCUUAAUCAAGUCUGGAGUGCUUGGUGAGGUUACUUUGCCGUCAUCUGUUGCGAGCACAUCCGCGACACCUGAGGCGGCAGUAAAUGGAAAUUUACGAGAAUUGCUUGCUCGGCUUCAGAUUGGCCACUUGGAGGCUAAACAUAAGGCUCUUGAUAACCUUCUUGAAGUCAUGAAAGAAGAUGAGAAAAAUGUUUUGGCUGUCCUAGGUCGAAGCAAUAUCGCGGCUCUAGUCCAAUUAUUAACUGCUACUUCCCCUCGAAUGAGGGAGAAGACCGUAACUGUAAUUUGCUCGCUUGCAGAAUCCGGGAGUUGUGAGGAUUGGCUUGUUUCAGAAGGUGUUCUCCCUCCUCUUAUACGUCUUGUUGAAUCAGGUACAACUGUGAGUAAAGAGAAGGCCACCAUUUCUCUCCAGAGAUUGUCGAUGACAGCAGAAACAGCUCGUUCUAUUGUCGGACAUGGCGGGAUUAGGCCUCUAAUCGACAUCUGCCGGAGCGGUGACUCUGUUUCACAGGCGGCUGCUGCUUGUACCCUAAAAAAUAUAUCUGCUGUUCCAGAAGUUCGACAAGCUCUAGCUGAAGAAGGAAUCAUAAAAGUUAUGAUAAAUCUCCUUGAUUGUGGAAUACUGUUGGGAUCUAAAGAGUAUGCAGCUGAAUGCUUGCAAAAUCUUACUUCCGGCAAUGACGAUCUCCGAAGAUCAGUUGUAUCAGAGGGUGGAAUCAGAAGCCUGUUGGCAUACUUAGAUGGUCCACUGCCCCAAGAGUCAGCUGUAGGGGCUUUGAGAAAUUUGGUUGGGUCUGUGCCAAUGGACAUUUUAAUCUCGCUUGGUCUCCUGCCAAGGUUGGUUCAUGUCCUUAAGUCGGGAUCACUUGGUGCACAACAGGCUGCUGCAUCAGCAGUUUGUAGAAUUUGCGCCUCAACUGAGAUGAAGAGACUUUUGGGUGAAGCUGGAUGUAUUCCUCUCCUUAUUAAGAUGCUGGAAGCUAAAGUAAAUGGGGUGAGGGAGGUUGCUGCUCAAGCGAUUGCUAGCUUAAUGUCCCUUGCGCAUAAUUGCAGGGAAGUCAAGAGAGACGAUAAAAGUGUGCCAAAUUUGGUUCAGCUUCUUGAUCCAGCUCCUCAAAACACUGCUAAGAAGUAUGCUGUUGCUUGCCUUUCCUUGCUUUCCUCGAGCAAGAAAUGCAAGAAACUAAUGAUUUCCUAUGGAGCAAUUGGAUAUCUAAAGAAGCUUACUGAGAUGGAUAUUCCAGGUGCAAAGAAGCUACUUGAACGCUUGGAAAGAGGGAAGUUGAGAAGCUUGUUUAGCAGAAAAUAGGUAGGCCAGAUAGUCACUGUGCUUGUACAAUGAAAUCUUAAUCUUUAGUCAAAUCCAUGAUCAUAAUAUCAAAUGUAGCUCAACAGGGGGGGGAAGGAGGGAGGCCAAAGCCUGUUGAUCUGUGCUGUCAAUGGUUUAAAUAAAACCUUCCUGACCAUUUGUAUAACUAUCUCAAGUUCUAUUUAUCAGUUUCUUAUCUCUACUAAAAGCAAAAUGGUUCUGUUGU